AAAUCAUUUUAUGGAAAUUUUAGAAGGAACAGAGCACAAAGAGGGCAGGAAAAAAGAGGAGCAUCGAGCAGAAGAGAAAAUAAUGGAGGAGAGAGAAGAUAAUAUAUAGAGAAGGAAGAGGUGAUCUACAAACUAAGAAACUUGAAGGAGAAGAAAGCAAUGGAGGAAAGGCGGGUUAGAAAAUGAAGUAUGGAAGUAUGCACCGAAAGAAGUGGGGAAAGCGUUAUGGGUUCUGUUAAGGAAAUUAUGGAAUGGGGUGGGGAUACCAGAAGAUUGGAAAAAAGGAGUAAUAUGCCCGAUAUAUAAAAAGAGGGACAAGAGAGCAGCGAAGAGUUACAGAGGAGUAACAUUAAUGAAUACAGCAUACAAGAUCCGUGCAGGGAUACUGCACGAUCGACUUAAGGUAGAGAUUGAAAACAAACUGAAAGAGAGCCAAUUCGGAUUCAGAAAAGGAAGACGCGGUAUUUGUGAUAAACCAUAUCAUGGACAAACAGUUGAGUAGAGAAAAAGAGAAACUAUAUGUCUGCUUUGCGGACUUAAAAGCGGCGUUCGACAGGCUAAACAGAGAGAAAUUGGAGGAGAAAAUAAAAAAAAUGGGGAUUAAAGAAACCUAACCCGAAGGAUUAAAGAGAUAUACGCAGAAACAAAGAAUGUGGUGAGAAUCAAGGAUAAGAACACAAAAGAAUCUUAGACAGUGAGGGGAGUCAGACAAGGAUGCCCGUUGAGCCCGACGUUAUUCAGCAUCUACGUGGCGGGGCUGGAAGAAGAAUUAAGGAAAGGACAAGGAAAGGACAAGUCGGCGGGGGGGGGGGCAUAUUGGUAGGAGAAAGGAAGGUAUGGUCAUUGACAUAUGCAGACAAUAUUGUGCUGAUGGCUGAUAGAGAGGAGGAGCUAAAGGAAAUGUUAAAGAGAUUCGAAAAAUUUUUAAAGGAAACCGAAUUGGAACUGAGCACGGAAAAGGUCAAGAGUGUAGUUUUCGAAAAAAAGAAAGAACAAGAGGAGACAAGGAAAUGGAAAUGGGGAGAGCGAGAAUUAGAAGAAGUAGACGAAAUAAGAUACCUAGGGUACAUACUACUGAAAAACGGCAGUGAUGAGAAGGUAUGGGGCUGGAACAUGGAAGAAAGGCUGGAUAGAGUACAAAGAAGAUAUGUGAAAUGGAUCUUAGGUUUAGAUAUGACAACACCGAAUUAUAUAUUGAUAGAAGAAUGUAAACUAACAGAAAUCAAAGAAAAAGCAUUAGGAAGAGCAGCAAGGUAUGAAGGGAAAGCCAUAGAGUCAAAAAUGGAACUAGUAAAGGAGUGCAUAAAGGAAAGAGAGAGAAACUAGGGAAAUGACCAAGAAGGGAAGAGAGCAAGAAAGAGAA